UAGAGAUCGCAUGUCCUAGAAUGACCCGUUGUGAAUAACAUGCCGUCCACGAGACGAGCUCAGUGCACCGACGACUGCAGGUGCGUGUUGUGCCGCGAGUUGAAAGGCUACAAGAUGAGCGCCAACAGCGUCGAAGUUCAGCAGCAGAUCGGCCAUGAGGGCACAAAUUUUAUCCUACGGCGGGCCGUACCUUUCUUACCGAAGCCUCCGCCGCGAGAGGAAUGGCGAGAAAUCGCAAGGUACGACGAUUACGAGAGAUGCUCGACCUUGGAAGACCGAAGUCGUCGUGGUGGCGGUGGCGGCGGCGUAAACGGUAGUCCAAAACCAUGGACGCCUAACAACGACAUCGGGAAAACGGGGAAGGAUAUAAAUCACAAAACGGUCAUCUAUUUCGGCGAUUCAAAUCCGAGACAGAAAGAGGAUAAAGUGAGGCAGCAACAACCACCAGUUCCACCUCCGCCUCCACCGUCAUUACCGGAAGCGUGCGUGCAGAUGACAUCAAGGUGCAAGGAGGAUCCUGAGACUUCGUUGCCUCUUGCGUUGCAAUCGCGGAACGACGAGACGGUGGCUCGUCCACGAGACGCGUUGGAGCGGGAUAACGAGCGGGAAGAGGAUGCCGGACGACAUCGAGAUUCCGCGAUGGAGAACGGCGAUCCCAAGGCCGUGCACGAGAUCGUGGUGAACGUCAGCCCCAGCAGGGAAGAUGUGCUCAGGAUAGAGGAGGACGAGAGCCAGCUGGAAGACUAUUGGUCCUUGCCGGGGGACACGAGCGGGUUCAAGGCGGAUUGGAGUUUCGUGCAGCAGUGGCGACUGAGGGGACCGGGCGGUGGUAAUAGCCGCGAGAUAUAUUGCCCCUCUUACUCGAAGGAUUUCACCGAGAAUUCUCCUAAAAGCGGAGUUCACGAUAUGGUCCAUAUGAUCCCAGAAAGGGAUACGGAUACCGUAGCACCGACACCGACUCCGCAGCAUCCACGUCAUUCUCAGCACCAUCAUCUCAGUUUACACGAACUCCGUGCGCUUCAGAGGCGACCGGAAUGUACUGGCAACAGCUCCUCCGAUGAGAAUCGAUCGUCCGGACACGCGAGCAUGUCGGAUACUGGCGGCCACACAAGCAGCAGUUCACCACCGCAUCGUCAUCAUAGAGCUCACAGUCCUCAGCAAUUGAAUGCUGUGCCCGAAGACGAUCGACUCUCGGCAUCGGUUACUCAAAGGAAUGGCAGGAGCCGAUCCGGUCAGAGCCGCAAUCGACACCGAGCUACGCCCGCUAAGCUGCAGGUACCAUGGUCGGGUUCUGGUUUGGAGGAUAUAAAGCUAGCGAUCCAACAGCUUACGAUGCGCUCGCACAAGUCUUCGUCCACAUACUCCUCUCUGAGUGGCUCGGAAAGCUCAGAACCUGCAGUGAGAAGGCUGAUGCGACACUCCAGCUUGGAGACGAUCAACACCAAUGUGACUAGCGCCGAUGAGUUCGUCUGGGUAGACUCUCAUAAUCGUCUGGUUGAAUUGCAGCAGUUACCGUGGACUCACCAUGAUGUGUUACGUGUACUUCAAAACGGUCGAACAAGAGAACACAUGGAGCAAGUCUCGAUGGAGACGAUUCCGCGGCUUUCCUAUCUCCUACAACGUGCGCUAGUCAGGAUUGGCCGCGAGACUCAGAGAUUGGCAAAGCCCAUAGGUCUCUGUAGCAAACACGAGGUGUACAGUGCCUUUAAGAUCGUACUCUGUCCGGCUCUGGCGGAUUCUUGUACCAAGGCUUGCCUUCGAGCUGCCGCGAUGUUCGCUGUAUCUGGCGAUCAGCUGAAACAAUCGAAGGCAUCCCGUUCGGGGCUGCAAUUGCCAGUCGGACGUUUCUUACGUUGGAUGUCCGACGUGAGACUCGGGCGGAUGAUUCACGAGUAUGCCGCGAUAUAUCUGACGGCCGGAAUCGAGAAUCUCCUGGAAGAGAUACUGCUACAGUGCGUGCCAACCGAACCGCAUACGACCCUCACGGCGACAAUGCUGGAGCACGCUAUAGCCAACAGCGGCGACUUAUGGGGCCUGUUACAACCGUACGCGCAUCUCAACGCCGGUCGAACGGCAUCGGGCGCUCUCGCUAUGCCUCGUUGGGCAAGUGUAAGUUCCUUGAAUUCGUCGUCGUCGUCGCGUAGCGGACGGGACGUAGCUCAGUCAGCUUUGGAACCGUCGUUGCUUACGACAUGUGUGGGAUCAAUGUCAGAAUUGAUAGAUUUGAUUUCCAAGGUAGCGCAAGCAGGACGCUGCCCCAUACCACUGACAACGAGAGCGUUAUAUGCUCUAUUUUAUUACAUGAGAUGCUCGCAGCUGGAACAUGGCGAACGCGGGUCUGGAAUACAAGAAUUAGCAUACGAACGAGCUUACGUUGUGUUGCCACCGUUAGUAGAAUGGCUACGGGUAGCUGCAGCGCACGCCGAGCACAGACACGGUUUAGUCAUGGAUCAAGAUGACAUUAAUCAAGCUGCCCGACUAUUGUUGCCUGGUGUAGAUUGUCCUGUUCGACCGAUAAGCUCCGAGGAGAUCGCGGUAUGUUCAAAGCGCAUUGACGAUGCCGAAUACGUUCGGUUGCUGACGCUGGACAUGGCUUUCAAGAUGUUGACCAGUGGACGCACGGAUCUCAUAGGCCAGGCAAUGUCGCUGCUGCCUUCAACAAAAAUUAACACCGUGAAUGACGCCGGAUUCACAGCUCUGAUGCUGGCAUGCAUCAAUGGUGAUGAAUCAGCUGUAAUGGCUCUACUAGACGCCGGGGCUGAUUUGAACAUCGAAAGUCCACCACCCACGACAAGCUCGUCAUCGAAUACUCCUUCCAAGAUUCCACAAACAUCCGGUGUAUCAAAUGUUAGAAGCCCGAGCAAUCAGUCGGCAAUGAUAACAUCCAAAACUCCGAACGCAAACGUAGUGUCUAAUAGCUCCAACAAUCCUGGUGGAGCUAUCUCCAGUGGCAUGUGUUACACGCAGACUGCCUUUAAUGCAGAGACGCAACACUGGACCGCUUUGACUUACACGGCUCUGUUGGGUCAUUGUAAUAUCGCCAGAAUAUUGUUGGAGAGAGGUGCUGCGGUGGAAGGUGGCGCGAAACUCAGCGAGGACAAGUGCACGGUCACGCCUUUGCAAGCGGCCACAGCGUCAGGAAACAAUGAGAUGGUAGCUCUACUCUUGGCACACGGGGCGCAGCCGUUUCUGUCCACUUUGAUCAAGGAUUCGUUCUCCUACUCAGGUUCCGUGCAACGUGGCUGUUACAGCGCAAUCUCAGUAGCUACAGCACAUGGUCAGAGAAGUUGUCUUCAUCAACUGCUAUCACAUCCACUCAACUUCUCGGCCAAGCGAGGAGAGAAAGAGAUAUUAUCUUUAGAAGAGAUAUUAGCGGAAGGUAACGCCGGUAAUAAUUCUCAACAACAGACUGCAGAAGGAAGAGGAGCUCGCAGAGAAGGCAAAGAACCAGUAUUUAAUAAGAUACAAACGAAGGCGCUACAGGAAGCUAUGUAUCAUAGCGCGGAAAGUAAUCAUUUAGAUAUUACCAUGGAGCUUCGUGGGUUAAAAGUAGGCUGGACAUUACAUUGCUGGAUGCACAGUCUUGCGACAGCUCACGAAAUGCGAUUAGACUCGGUUAUAGAUCAAUUACUUCAAGACUUCCUUCAAGUCUGUCCGGAUGAUUAUUCCACGCAGUUCGUGCAGGAAUGUUUGCCACUUUUAUUCAAUAUUUUUAGAUAUAGUAAGAAGGAAGGCACAUUGCUCGCUGAUAUAUUUUGCACAUGUUUUGGGUGGGAGCCGAUUAAGCCAAUUAGAGAUACUACACUUUCGAGUGGAUCAAGAAUUGAUCCAAAAUUUGUGAAUAAUCCAGAAUUAAGCGAUGUUCAAUUUAGAGUCGAAGGUCGCGUUUUUUAUGGUCAUAAAAUAGUACUGGUUACAUCUUCCCCAAGAUUUAGAAAUAUGUUAAGUUCCAAACUAUGUGAAGGCAAUCCUCCUAUUGUGCAAAUUAAUGACAUAAGAUAUCACAUAUUCCAGAUGGUCAUGGAAUUUCUUUAUCACGGUGGUUGCGCCACUUUGGAAGUUAAUCAAAGUGAUGUUCUGGAAUUAAUGGCAGCAGCCAAUUUCUUUCAACUCGAUGGCUUGCUCAGAUAUUGUGAAGCACAGUGUUCCACGAUGGUGGAUCUUGACAAUAUUGUUUCUAUGUAUAUUCACGCAAAGGUAUAUAAUGCCGCACAGCUUUUAGAAUAUUGUCAAGGAUUUUUGUUACAAAAUAUGGUGGCUCUUUUGACUUAUGACGAUUCGGUCAAACGUUUGUUGUUUGCGAAAAAAUUACCGAAUCACGACGUUCUCGCAGGUCUAUUGCUCACAUUGCAAUCACGAAUAAAAGCCAGACGAUCUCAACAACAAAACAAAAUAAAAGCUUAGAUAUAUGCUCUUGCAUCAAUAUAACAAGAUAUGAAAUUAUAUAAGAGCAUUAUAAAA